GCCCGCCUGCCGCAGCUGCCCGCUCUCAACCAGGCGCCCUACGGCUCGGCCCCGCCGCUCUGCCACACGCCCGCCGCCGACUUCCAGCCGCCCUACUUCCCCCCGCCGUACCCGCAGCCGCCGCUGCCCUACCCGCAGGGCCAGGAGCCCGCUUACCCGCACCUGGGGGACCCCUACGCGGCUCUCAGCCCCCUGCACCAGCACCAGCAGCCCGCCUGGCCCCCGCAGCGAGGCCGGCAGGACGACGCGGGGCUGCUCUCGCAGACCCACCGCGCCCUGGGGCUCGACCCCCGCCGCGAAUACCCCGCCGUGCCCCGUCUGCUCCACGGGCUGCCCGACGGCGGACACGGCCUCGCCGACGGCCCGCUGGGCCUCCACGGCCUCGGCCACCACGGCAUCGAGGACAUCCAGGCCGUGGACGACGGCGGGAUGAACCUGCUCGAUCAGUCCGUGAUCAAGAAAGUGCCCAUCCCCUCGAAGGCCAACGGCACCACCAUUUCCACCCUGUCAAUGAACAAAGAUGGCCUGAUCGGAGGGGUGACGAAUCCCAACGAGGUCUUCUGCUCCGUGCCUGGCCGCCUCUCUCUUCUCAGCUCCACUUCCAAGUACAAGGUGACCGUCGGGGAGGUGCAGAGGCGGCUCUCACCCCCUGAGUGUCUCAACGCCUCUCUCCUCGGAGGAGUCCUCCGCAGAGCAAAAUCAAAAAACGGGGGUCGGUGUUUAAGGGAAAGGUUAGAGAAAAUUGGACUAAAUCUACCUGCAGGAAGGCGCAAAGCUGCCAACGUCACCCUGCUGACAUCCCUCGUGGAAGGUGAAGCCGUUCACCUGGCUCGCGAUUUUGGGUACGUGUGUGAAACGGAGUUCCCAGCCAAGGCGGCGGCGGAGUACCUGUGCCGACAGCACUCUGACCCCACGGAGCUCCACACCAGGAAAAACAUGCUGCUGGCUACCAAGCAAAUUUGUAAAGAGUUUGCAGACUUGAUAGCCCAGGAUCGCUCGCCGCUGGGGAACAGCCGCCCCUCACUCAUCUUAGAGCCUGGUGUCCAGAGCUGUUUGACUCAUUUCAGCUUGAUAACCCAUGGCUUUGGGGGCCCAGCCAUCUGCGCAGCGCUUACAGCCUUCCAGAACUACCUGGUAGAGUCCCUUAAGGGGCUGGAUAAAAUGUUCAUGAACAGCACAGGGAACGGGCACACGGCCGGAGACUCCAAAGCAUCAGAAAAAGAAGUGAAGCAUCGGAAAUAA